AGGCAAGGGGAAAAUGUUGAGUGUUAUUGGAUAGCCAAAUGUGUCUCAGAUCGCUCUCUCCCUCUCACUCUUCCCUCUAGUGUUUACUCCACGUUGUCUCGGAGCGCAAAGACUGGUACUACCCACUAGAACAUGAACAGAUAGACAGACCCUCUCUCCUGGAGAGUGUUCUCUGCACAGUUGUUGAUUCGCACAUACCUGGAUCUUUAUUUUAAAACCUGCCCCGGAGAAGCAACACAUAAUUGCAGCAGAGGAGGAAAAAGUUUGACUUUUUUUCCCCCCCCUUGAAUUAUUCUCCUGCUUCGGAAGGUGGGGACAGAGACCAGAGGUGACAGGGGCGCUGGAUACACCUUGAUGACUGUUCGCUGUUUCAUCUCCAUCCUUAGCUCCAUUGAUCGGAGCUAGUUAAACCCGCAGCCCGUUUCAAGUUGGAAGGAAUCUCGUCUGCUGGUGGCUCUGUAUUUUUCUGGGGGGAAACUCUGUCCAAUUUCCCCCCUCCGCCCCCCUAUCCUCCCCACCUUCUCUCCGACCCCGCUCCACUGCGAAGCAUGGGGGCAGCUCAGUGUGGAAUAAACGCGCAGAAGUUGUUUCGACUCUUGCUGUUACCUGCGCUGGCUGCGGUGGCGGAGCUGCGGACAUCUCAAGUGGAUGGUGGGUGGACGGAGUGGAGCAGGUGGUCAACAUGUGGGACGGAUUGCAUGCACUGGCGCUGGAGGGAGUGCACGGCCCCUGCCCCUAAAUCCGGUGGGAAGGACUGCCACGGACUCGUGCUAGACUCCAAAAACUGCACCGAUGGCUUAUGCAUGCAAAAUGAUGACUUCUUUGGAGAACUUCCCGAAUUCUUCCCAUCUGACCCUCCGGAGCCUCUGCCACGUUUCCUGCUCGAGCCCCGGGAUGCAUACAUAGUGAAGAACAAGCCGGUCAACUUGUACUGCAAAGCAAGCCCCGCCACUCAGAUUUACUUCAAGUGUAACAGUGAGUGGGUGCAUCAGAAGGAACACACCACGGAAGAGUAUGUGGACGACACUACAGACCUCAUCGUGAGGGAAGUGAGCAUUGAGAUCACCAGGCAGCAAGUGGAAGAACUCUUUGGACCGGAAGACUACUGGUGCCAGUGCGUUGCGUGGAGUUCUUCUGGGACCACCAAGAGUCACAAGUCCUACGUCCGAAUUGCAUAUCUACGGAAGACGUUUGAACAGGAACCAUUAGGCAAGGAGGUAUCCAUGGAACAAGAGGUGCUUCUUCAGUGCCGCCCUCCUGAAGGUAUCCCGUUGGCUGAGGUGGAGUGGCUGAGGAACGAGGAAGUCAUUGACCCCGAGGAAGAUCAGAACUUCUACCUGACCAUCGACUACAACCUGAUCAUCAAGCAAGCCCGACUCUCCGACACAGCCAACUAUACGUGUGUGGCCAAAAACAUUGUGGCUCGGCGUAGGAGCACAACAGCCACUGUCAUUGUCUACGUGAACGGAGGCUGGUCCUCAUGGAUGGAGUGGACCUCCUGUAACAGUCGCUGUGGCCGGGGCUACCAGAAACGCACGCGGACCUGCACCAAUCCCACGCCCAUCAACGGAGGUGCCUUCUGCGAUGGCCAGAGUGUCCAGAAAGUUGCCUGCACCACCAUGUGUCCCGUGGAUGGUGGGUGGACGGAGUGGAGCAGGUGGUCAACAUGUGGGACGGAUUGCAUGCACUGGCGCUGGAGGGAGUGCACGGCCCCUGCCCCUAAAACCGGUGGGAAGGACUGCCACGGACCCGUGCUAGACUCCAAAAACUGCACCGAUGGCUUAUGCAUGCAAAGUUUGUUUUAUCAAAUUUCCAAAGAACAGAAAGGUCGCACAGAUUUUGGAUAUUCCUCGGCGCCAAGCUCCGAUGACAUCGCCCUGUACGUAGCGGUGGCGGUGGCCGUGAUUGUGUGCCUGGCCAUCUUGUUGGUCGUCAUCAUGUUCGUGUACCGCAAGAACCACCACGACUUCAGCUCGGACAUCAGGGACUCCGCGGCCCUCAACGGCGCCUUCCAGCCGGUGAGCGUGAAGACAUCGAGACCAGAUAACCACCUGCUGGCCGUGCAGCCUGAUCUGACAGCAGCAGCCGCCAGGUAUAGAGGCCCCAUGUAUGCGCUGCGUGAUAUCUCUGACAAGAUCCCCAUGACCAACUCUCCGCUCCUCGACCCGCUGCCCAGCCUCAAGAUCAAUGUAUUGAACCCGUCAUGCAGCGUCACACCUCAGGGCGGGUCGACGGACCUGGCGUCAAAGCUCUCCCCACAACUCACCGAGUCGCUCCUCGGCAACGAAACCCACAACCUCAAGAACCAAAACCCAACGCCACAACUGGAGCCAUCGUGCAGUGCCCUUGGCAGCUUCAACAUCCUGGGAGGACAUCUCUCCAUCCUCAACUCGGGUGUAAGCUUGUUGGUGCCAGCGGGGGCAAUACCCCCGGGAAGAGCCUAUGAAGUGUACGUGACUGUCCAUCGAAGAGAUCACAUGAGGCUGCCACUAGAGGGAAGCCAGACGCUGCUGAGUCCGGUGGUCAGCUGUGGACCUCCCGGUGCCUUGUUGACCAGACCCAUGGUACUGACCAUUCACCACUGCGCUGAACCCAACAUGGAGGACUGGAUCCUUCAACUCAAGAGCAUGUCCGCUGAAGGAACCUGGGAGGAUGUGGUGGUGCUGGGAGCCGAGUCCAUCACCACCCCGUGUUACGUCCAACUGGAUCCUCACGCCUGCCACGUGGUGACGGAGCAUCUGGGGACCUACUGUCUGGUGGGACAAUCGGUCAAUAAGUCAGCAAGCAGGCGCCUGAAGCUGGCCAUAUUCGCACCAGCCGUCUGUGCCUCGUUGGAAUACACCAUCAGAGUCUACUGCCUCCACGACACACAGGAUGGCCUGAAGGAAGUAAUUCAGCUGGAGAGGCAGAUGGGAGGACAACUUGUGGAUGAACCAAAGACCCUUCUAUUUAAGGACAGCACCUACAACCUGCGUUUGUCUGUCCAUGACAUCCCACACUCUCUCUGGAGAAGCAAACUACUCACUAAGUACCAGGAGAUUCCCUUCCACCAGAUCUGGAGUGGGUGUCAGCGGAACCUGCACUGCACCUUCACGCUGGAGCGAUUCAGCCUCGUCACGACCGAGCUGGUGUGUAAAUUCUGCGUGAGGCAGGUGGAGGGAGAAGGGCAGAUCUUUCAGAUCCAGAGCACCUUGUCCGAGGAGCUGCGGCCAUUGGAUGUGGAGCCAGAGGCCUCUGCCACCUCCCUGAUGGGACCCACUGCCUUCAGGAUCCCCCUCACUAUCCGGCAGAAGAUCUGCAGCAGCCUGGAUGCUCCCAACAACAGAGGGAACGACUGGCGUCUACUGGCACACAAGCUAAAUCUGGACGGGUACCUGAAUUACUUUGCCACCAAAUCCAGCCCGACCGGUGUCAUCCUGGACCUGUGGGAAGCUCAGAACUUUCCGGAAGGCAACCUGGGCUCUUUGGCGGCGGCCCUGGAGGAGAUGGGACGGCACGAGACGGUGGUGUCUCUGGCGAGGGAGAUGAAAUGCUGAGAGAGAGAGAGAGAUGGAGAGGGAGAGAGAGAGAGAGAGAGAGAGAGAGACGCCUGCUUUAAGUAAAGGGUGGGAGCAGUGGAUGAGAGCGGACAGCCCUACUCCAUCGCUCAGCCCCACUGAUACCAUCGCUUCAAUACCGUGCAUCUUUUUCUCGUCUGACCAACACCAUCCCGCCUGCCCUGCUGCCGCUUGGGUUGACUGCACACAGGCCUGGUUGCAGGCUUCUUUAUAGUUUCUCAGGAAACGGAAUUAUAUAUCCAGGUAAAUGGAUCCCGGCAGUCUCUCCGGCAGUCUGGGCGUCUGCGGCUUCACCAGACACGGACCUGCCACGAGUGUCUGGGGCGCAGACUCCACUGUUGUUGCUGCCUUCUCUCUGGGGACACGGGUCGGAGGGAAGUUAGGUGCCCACGUUACUGCCCGUCGCACGCAGGGUCCAUGCUCUGCCCAGGUACGCCCCGGACUCCUCUGUCGCCGCCCGGCCGAGCUUCCGCUGGCUGGGGCUCCCGCCCUGCCGUGCAUGAGCAGCGAGCGGCGGGAGCGAGGGGCUGGAGUGGAGGGUAAUACACCGUCAAUGCACGGGGACUUGGGUCAACAGAACCACUACACUCACACGCACACACGCACACACACACACACAUCUACACAUACACACACCUACACAUACACGCACCUACAUGCACAUACCUACACAUACACACACACACACACACAUAGACACACACGCGCGCACACACAUACACACACACAUCUACACAUACAUGCACCUACACAUGCACACACCUACACAUACACACGCCUACACAUACACGCACCUACACAUGCACAUACCUACACAUGCACAUACCUACACACACACACACACACACACAUAGACACACACUCACACACACACACACGCGCACACACACACACACACACACACACACACACACAUCUACACAUACACACACCUAC